AUGGCACAACAAGGGUUGAUUUUCCAGGUCCCCAAUGAGAUUCUUCUCAAGAUUUUCAAUGAGAUCGUACUCCCUGAGGCUCCCUAUCAAUUGACCUGGCCGCUCGCACUGACUUGCAAGCGAUUCUACACGCUUGCCCAGCCCAUUGUCUGGUCGCAUGUUACUUUCCAGAAUGACGACUGGGAUCAGGAUCCGCUUUGGAAACAGCCUGGGCACAAGGCGCGCGUUCGCAGCCAGAGAACGAGGGAGUGCCUCAAGAUUGCUCCGCAUUGCGUUUCCUAUGCCAAGCGAGUAUCCCUCUUGGGAAGGGGAGAGAUUGGCUUCAAGAAUGCAAUCGACGUUGUACAAGAUUUUCCCAAUCUCAAGAGGCUGGAUAUAGAAAGCGUGCGCAACAUAAGCAGAAUCUGGGAUGAGUCGAGUCGAAGAGGGGAUAGAUAUGUUGUGGAAGACCCAAAGAUUGCAGCACCACCUCCCGGCCUCGAAGGAUCAGCUGGUUUUGAUGAGCUGCACGUGAGCCGAUUCAAGUUUGGAUCGCCAGAUGCUCUUCGCAACUUUUUGUUAUGGCCAAAGAGUUUGACAGUAUUCAGUAUUGACGAGCUCGCUUCCGGGGGCCUCACCUGGGACUAUCUGUGA